AUGGUCCGCAAGGUCGUGAGGACGACGGCCCGGCGGCCCGGCGGCCGGCCGGGGGCCGGCCCGCUGCCCGCGGCGUCGCGGCGCGUGGGCGCCGGCGCCAAGGGCGGGCCACGCAUGCAGGCUGCCACGGCCGGGAAGAAGAAGACGCCUGCGGGCAGGGCCGGGGGCAAGGCAAAGGGCGCGGGGCGCAGCCAGAGGGUGCGCGUGUGGUGGCCGCCCACCAAGGACAAAAAGAAGACGGACUACAGCGGGGCCUACUGGCCGGCCAAGGUGAUCGCCCGCUAUGAGGGGGGCUGCCGCGUGGAGUACGAUAACGGGGACACGGAGGCCGUGGACGACGAGAACGUCUCGCCGGCCGACGUGCCCGUGGAGUUCGGGGAGGAGACCACGCGCCUGCAGGUCAGGGAGUACUGCGAGGUCUUCAACGACAGCCCCUCGGACCCGGCCGCCUGGCUGGCCCGCAUCAAGAAGGUCGGCCGCGGAACCUACACGGUGGAGUUCCCCUUCCAUGACACAAGCCCUGAAGUCGUCAAGGAGGACCGCGUGCGCCGCGCCCGCAUUUUCGAGACCGAGACGAAGAAAUGGAAAGCCAUCAAUCCGAAUCAGGACUGGGACGAGGGCGAGGUGACUUCUCCGGUGGAACUGGAGCUGCUGCCCGAAAGCGAACUGAAAGAUGCCCUGAAGGGAAAGACCGCCAAAAAGGAGGAGCCGAAACUGAAGGUGUCUCGCAAAGGCAUAUCCGGAGUAAAAAAGGUUGUCAAACCUUCAAAGCCGCAAAAGCCGAAAUCCAAGAAAACUGGAGAAACAAGCAGGGCAAAGGCACCAACACCAUCGAAGGCUCAAGUCGUCGUGCAAGAAGCGCCCCAGGCAACCCCCGCCUUCUCUGUUGGCGGUGGAGCUGCACCCAUUCCCGCAGGCAUGCAGUACACACAAGGCCUGCAGAUACCACCAGGGAUGGUUUGGUCUGGUUUAGUGCCUGGCAUGCGGCCUGGCAGCCCAACAAUGAUGAUGAUGCCCCAGACAGGGUACACCAUGGAUGCAGUGCCAGAAACGCGCCCGCCGAAGAGGAAGAAGAAGGAUCCCAAUGCUCCCAAGAAGGCCAAGUCUGCAUAUAUCGUGUUUAUGGAGCGCCACAGGCCUGAUCUCAAGGCAGAAGGUCUGGAAAACCCAGAGAUAAUGAAACGCCUGGCUGAAAUGUGGCACAAGGCGGCAUGGGAAGAAAAGGGGGACUGCCAGAAGGAGGCUGACAAAGACAAGGAGAGAUAUGACUCUGAGAUAAAGGACUACAAACCUCCUCCUGUUGAGCCAGAGAGAGAGGUCAAAAAGCGGAGGAAGGAUAAGGAUGCGCCAAAGAAGCCUCUGAGCCCUUACAUUCUGUUCUCCAAAGAUUUCAGGGAGAAGUUGGACGCUGGUGUGGAGUUCACAGAUGCCACACGCAAGGCUGCAGAGGCCUGGAGGGCAACAGAUGAAGAGACCAGGAAGAAAUACGCAGCAAAGGCUGCAGAGCUGAAGGAGGAUUACCAGAAGAAAAAGGUCGAAUACAAGGCCAAAAAGGAACAUGAGUCUAAGGAAGCAGCACAAAGGCAAAUGAUGCUCCGCACCAUGAUACCUUCCCCUGGGUCGUUCGCACUGUCGCCCUCCUCAGCGCUCACCCCACCCCAGUCUCCUCUGGACCCCCAGAUCAAGGAGGUCUUGAGCAAGCUGGACCUGAACAAAGCCAAAGUGUCCAUCUUGCGCAAUUUCACCAUGGAGGCGUAUUAUCUGCUCCUUGACGUCUGGAGAGAGAACUCCCCCCGGCUCGGCGAUUCCAUCCGGGCAUACAAGGCGCACAUCGAGACACGGGAGCGCCACGACUGGCGGGCAUUCUUUGUGAGCGUUUUUGGGUUUGAAAAGAUGCAUGCGCUGCUGAGGCGGGAAUCGGCGACGACAUCCGAUGUGGCCAAACCAUCACAAGAUGGGGCGAAGGACGAGGUGGAGGGAGAGAAAACUGAGGCCGUGGCCACAGCGUAG